AUGGACAUCGUCCAGAAUUCGUCUUCACUAUACAGCACCUACAUCUCCACGGUAGAUCAUCUACCCUGUGACAUUGUGCGUUCGCUCUGGGUUGUACAGACAUGUAAUCUUGCACUGGAUAAGGAGAAACAGUAUCUUCACCAAUUACUCCAGAAACACAAUCUGGUGGGUGGAUCGUACAGCGUGGCUGGUGAAUACUACAAAAAGCAGCGGCUGAUUUUGCGCUGGCAUGAUGAAGCCGUAGCCGAGUUGGUUAGCUUGUGCAACCAGCUAGCCGCACAUGAGAAAAUGGUCAAGGACGAGAUCGCCCAACUCCAAGCGGUAGCCGACACACCCGUGGCAAAAGACGCAGAUAUGCUGGAACUCCUUCGACAGCAGUUGUCUGAUCAUUACCGGGAUAACCCGCUUUCAUCGCAAGUGGAAGCGUUGAAUCAACACGAGAGAGACUUGCACGAUGAGGGACGCGUAGUUAUCAGACGGACGCUGGAGAAUGGCAUCAAGAUCAUAUUCAAGCUUUCUCAAAAUAAACCUCCGAAGGUGGAGCGCCGUGGCCGUCCUCGUUUGAAGGACCGCUCUGAAGUGGCUGCCUCAAAAGAGUCUUUUCGUGGAGAUCUAAGGGUGUCCAGGCGUUUGCAUGAAGCCCAGGAUAGAGGAAGUGGGGCUAAGGUUGGGACAUUAAGGGCUCGAACUGCCAAGCAGCGUCACAAUAUUGAUCCGACGAAUGAUCGCCAUGUCAGAACAAGCGCAAGGCUCCAUAGAGACCCUCAGUCGAAGGUCCCAAAGAGAGGUAGACCCGCGAAGACAGAUAAGUCUAAUCAGAAGGUUGCUCCAGAUAAUCUUCCAGUGCCCGUCUUCCAGGGAGCACAGGUCCAGGAGGAAGACACCACGUUGUACUGUUUCUGUAAACAACGCUCAUUUGGUGAUAUGAUUGCUUGUGACAACGAUAAUUGUCCCAAUGGCGAAUGGUUUCACUACAAAUGUGUGGGUUUACUUAAUCGCGUAGAGGCGCUCAAGUAUACCACGGAAAAGUGGUACUGUUCAACAAGCUGCCGUGAAGCAGUACCUCCUCCCAAAAAGAGAGGUAGAAAGAAAAAGGCAAGAAGGUAG